AGCAAGCAAAGGUAGAACAGCCGCCAUCGUCCACCUAGCUCUCCUCCGUUGGAAUUCAUGCGUCAUGGAGAGAGCGAUUGUGAGCGCAGCGGCCGGAGUAAUGAGCUCCGUCCUCGGAAAGCUGGCGGAUCUGCUCCACGAGGAGUACAAGCUUGCCAAGGGCGUCCGCAAGGACAUCGAGUUCCUCAGGUCCGAGCUGAGCGCCAUGAACGACCUGCUGUACGUGCUGGCGGAAGUCGAGGAGCUUGACGCCAUCAACAAGGGGUGGCGCGACAGGGUGCGGGAGCUGGCCUACGACGUCGAGGAUUGCAUCGAUCUCUCCGUCGCCCGGCUCGGUCGUGCUGACGAUGCCAGAGAAGCAGGUCGCCUCGGUGCCAAGCUGGCGCGCAAGUUCAAGAAGAUCAGAGUGUCCCACCAGGUCGCUCACCAGAUCAAAGAGCUCAAGGAUCGUGCCAUCGAGGAGAGCAAGAGGCAGAAGAGAUACAAGCUCGACGGCCUCGUCGGUGCUUCUCCUAGCAACAAGGUUGACCUCCGGAUGCGCGCGCUAUGGGAGGAGACCGAGAAGCUCGUCGGGCUCGACGGACCCAGGGAUGAGAUCAUCCGCUGCCUGAUGCCAGAGGGAGAGGAGGAGCCCUCGCAGGCGCAGCAAAUCAGGGCUCUGGCCAUCGUUGGGUGUGCAGGCCUGGGCAAGACCACUCUCGCCAAUCAGGUCUACCAAAAGAUUAAAGGAGAUUUUGAGUGCAACGCCUUUGUAUCGGUAUCCCAGAAUCCUCACUUGAGGGAUGUGCUGAUGAAGAUCUGUUCUCAAGUUGGAGCAACCGCCGACAGCAUGGCGGAUGAUGAGCUCAUUCUCGUCGGCAAGCUCAGAGAAAGACUCCAGAAUAAAAGGUACAUUGUUGUAGUGGAUGACAUAUGGCACUCCGAUCCAUGGGAGGUCAUUGGACUAGCAUUGAUCAAAACAAGCCCUGGAAGCAUAAUAAUCAUCACAACACGUCUGAAAGAUGUGGCCCAAUCAUGCUGCUCUUCUCAUAGUGGCCGUGUUUAUGAUAUGAAACCUCUUGACGACGACAACUCUAAAAGGUUGUUUUUCAAAAGAAUUUUUGACUCUGAAGACAAGUGUCCGCAUGAACUGGAAAGUGCUUCUAAAGAUAUACUGAAAAAGUGUAACGGAAUACCGCUCGCAAUCAUUUCGAUAUCCAACUUCUUGGCAGCUGGUGUACCACAGUCACCUGAUCACUGGAACAAGGUGAAAGAAUCUAUCAGUUCUCCACUACAUGGAAAUAAGCCUGUUGACACAAUGAAAUCAGUAUUAUCACUCAGCUACUUUAAUCUCCCACACCAUCUAAGAACGUCCCUGUUGUACUUGAGUGUUCCGGAGGACUGCGAAAUUGAAAGGGAUCGCCUCGUAUGCAGAUGGGGUGCAGAAGGAUUUGUCAAUCCAAAACCAGGAGAGAGUCCAUAUGAAGCAGGGCUAAGGCAUUUCAACAUUCUGAUAAACCGGAGCUUGAUCCAACCAUGGAAAGAGGAGAACGGCGUGGUGCUGAGCUGUCGAGUCCACGACGUCAUUGGAGGAAAACUUUCUGACCUUGCUGGACCCAUCCGGGCUCCUCCCACUUUCUUCUCUGCAUUGCAAGGUUCGCCGCCUCUCUCUCCAGAAUAGCAACCAAGAGAAUCUUUGGAUAAAGUCGAUCAAGCCUCAUGUCCGGUCAGUUGCAUGUUUUGUGGACUGCAAAGAAUUGCAUCCUCUUACAGAAUUUGAAGUGUUACGCGUGUUAGACCUGGACACUACUACAAAAACAGCAUUUUGUCCCGGUUCCACAGGGCCAUUUGUCCCGGUUUUGGAACCGGGAUUCGCCUUCCGGGACAAAAGGCUGGAGGCUUUUGUCUCGGGUGGCAAAACCGGGACAAAAUGUCCCACACGC